AUGGCUUCUCUGGAUGACCCUGGGGAAGUCAGGGAGGGCUUCCUUUGCCCUUUGUGCCUGAAGGACCUGCAGUCUUUCUGUCAGCUUCAGUCACAUUAUGAGGAAGAGCACUCUGGGGAAGACCGUGAUGUCAAAGGGCAAAUUAAAAGUCUUGUCCAGAAGGCUAAGAAAGCCAAGAACAGGCUGUUGAAACGAGAAGGAGAUGACCGAGCAGAAUCGGGGACACAGGGCUAUGAGUCUUUCAGCUAUGGAGGGGUUGACCCUUACAUGUGGGAACCCCAGGAACUUGGUGCUGUGAGAAGCCAUCUUUCCGACUUCAAAAAACACCGAGCUGCCAGAAUUGACCACUAUGUUGUUGAAGUCAAUAAAUUAAUAAUCAGGUUAGAGAAGCUCACUGCAUUCGACAGAACGAAUACCGAGUCUGCUAAGAUACGAGCAAUAGAAAAGUCAGUGGUGCCUUGGGUCAACGACCAGGAUGUUCCUUUCUGUCCAGACUGUGGGAAUAAGUUCAGCAUCCGUAACCGCCGCCACCACUGCCGGCUCUGCGGGUCUAUUAUGUGCAAGAAGUGUAUGGAACUCAUCAGUCUCCCUUUUGCAAAUAAGCUUACCAGUGCCAGCAAGGAUUCCCUGAGCACCCACACCAGCCCCAGCCAGUCACCCAACAGUGUCCAUGGCUCCCGCCGGGGCAGUAUCAGCAGCGUGAGCAGUGUAAGCUCUGUCCUGGAUGAAAAGGAUGACGACCGGAUCCGCUGCUGUACACACUGCAAGGACACGCUACUGAAGAGAGAGCAGCAGAUUGAUGAGAAGGAGCACACCCCCGACAUUGUAAAGCUGUAUGAGAAAUUACGACUUUGCAUGGAGAAAGUUGACCAAAAAGCUCCUGAAUACAUCAGGAUGGCAGCAUCAUUAAAUGCUGGGGAGACCACCUACAGUCUGGAACAUGCCGGUGACCUUCGAAUAGAAGUGCAGAAAGUGUAUGAGCUCAUAGAUGCUUUAAGUAAGAAGAUCUUAACCUUGGGCUUGAACCAGGACCCUCCACCACAUCCAAACACUUUGCGGCUGCAGAGGAUGAUCAGAUACUCAGCUACGCUUUUUGUGCAGGAAAAGUUGCUUGGUUUGAUGUCACUGCCAACCAGAGAACAGUUUGAGGAACUGAAAAAGAAAAGGAAGCAGGAAAUGGAGAGGAAGAGGAUCCUGGAGAGACAGGCUGCCCUGGAAUCCCAGCGAAGGCUUAAGGAACGGCGGAGUGACCUGGCGCCUCGUACGGCUAAUGGGGAAGUGGCGUCCCUUCGAGGGGGGCCUGCCCCCCUGAGAAAGGCUGAGGGCUGGCUCCCGCUGUCUGGAGGUCAGGGGCAGAGCGAAGACUCAGACCCCCUCCUCCAGCAGAUCCACAACAUCACAUCAUUCAUCAGGCAGGCCAGGGCCGCUGGGCGGGCGGACGAGGUGCGCACGCUGCAGGAGAAUCUGCGGCAGCUGCAGGACGAGUACGACCAGCAGCAGACAGAGAAGGCCAUCGAGCUGUCCCGGAGGCAGGCCGAGGAGGAGGACCUGCAGCGCGAACAGCUGCAGAUGCUGCGUGAGCGGGAGUGGGAACGAGAGCGGGAGCAGUUCCAGGCCGCAUCCCUACACACACGGACUCGGUCCCUGGACUUCCGAGAAAUCCGGCCUUUCCAGCUGGAGCCUGGCAGGGAGCCUCGCGCCCACCUUGCUUAUGCUUUGGAUCUAGGCUCUUCCCCAGUUCAGAGCGGUGCGGCUCAGAAGACUCCUUCGCCCGUCUCAGCUCUCGAGCCGGUCAGAGUGUGGUCUGGGCCCCCAGCCCUUGGCCAGGAACCCCUCCCCCAGAGCACCGUGUCACAGCAGAGUGAGCUGGCCUCUCUAAACCCCUUCGAGGAGGAAGACCCCUCCAGCCCCACAGCAGACGGCACUACCAGCCCUCCGGCUGCAGAGCCUGCCUCUGGCCCUUCAGCCUGUGUCCUCAAAGAAUACAAUCCUUUUGAGGAAGAAGAGGAGGAGGCCAUAGCAGGGAAUCCCUUCACUAACCCAGACAGUCCAGCGCCCAACCCCUUCGAUGAGGAAGAUGAGUAUCCCUGCCCGAGGCCCUCAAGCCCUCCUGUUCCUGGCAACCCGUUUGAGGAAGCCACCUGUACCAACCCCUUUGAGAUGGACAGUGACAGUGGGCCAGAGGGCGAGGAGCCCAUAGAGGAGGAGCUCCUUCUCCAGCAGAUUGAUAACAUCAAGGCGUACAUUUUUGAUGCCAAGCAGUGUGGCCGCUUGGAUGAGGUGGAGUUGCUGACCGAGAACCUGAGGGAGCUGAAGCGCACCCUGGCUAAACAGAAGGGGGGCACUGACUGA